AUUGGCAACUUUAAAUUGAGACUUGGACAAAAUGUCGAGUUUUCAAGAUGAUGACGAUAGGCAAAGAGGUUUUUCAGGAGGCGGUGGCGGUGGCUACGGAGGAGGAGGAGGUGGACGGUACAAUGACAGAAGAGGUGGUGGAGGAGGAGGAGGAGGCAGGGGUCCCCCACCUCCAUUUCCAACUGAGGCCCCAUACACAGCUUAUGUAGGAAACCUUCCUGAUGACACUGUCCAGGGAGACCUUGACUACAUAUUUGAACAGAUGAAGAUUCAUAGUACCCGCCUUGUACAUGAUAAGGAGACAGGUCAAUUCAGAGGUUUCAGCUAUGUAGAGUUUGAAGACGCAGAUUCAUUAAGAGAGGCAUUGAAAUUAAAUGGAGCUUUAUAUGAUGAACGCCAACUCAGAGUAGACAUUGCACAGGGAAGAAAUCAAAGGAGGGAUGGGCAAAGAGGAGGUUCUUCUGCAGGUGGUGGGGGCAGAGGCGGAGGCCGUGGUGGAUUCGGAGGAGGUGGAGGUGGAAGGGAUGGAGGAUUCAGAGGAGGCGGUGGAGGAGGCCGCUUUGAAAAUUCCGGAGGCGGGGGAUGGGAUGACAGGAGAGGAGGCGCCAGUGGAAGGGGAGGACGAGAUGAUGGGUUUGGCAGAUCAGGAGGUUAUGGUGGCAGGGAUGGCUACGGAGGGGGUCGUGAUGGGUACGAUAGAGAUAGGGGUUAUGGAGGAGGAGGAGGAGGCGGCGGCAGGGGAAGAGGCGGCAGAGAUGAUUAUAACAGGAGACCACAAGAGACAUUUAAAGAACCUACAGCAGAGGAAGCAGCUGCCAGGCCAAAGCUCAAAUUGGCACCACGCACAGUCAAGGACCCGGUCGGAGGUGCACCUUCCAGGAGGUCAGAUAUUUUUGGCACGGGGAAGCCACGCGACGAUAAGGGUGAGGACAAGAAGGAAGGAGAAGCUUCCUCAUAGCCGCAUUAACCAGAAUAAUUUCUGUAUGUAUAUGUAAUUAUCAAAUGCAAAUUUGUUAUAUGAAUUCAAUGCCUGUGCGUUGGAUUCUAUCCCUAGUUUCUGAUGUUGUGUGAGAGUAGCUCCCACUUCUUCAGUUUAGUAGUUAGUGAUUACAUUAAAGGCCACCUCUAGAAAUCAUGUGGCUUGCUUCCACAAUUCCUACCAUGGCAGAUGUGAGUUUCUGUAAAUAUUUCUUGUAUUGUGCAUUCAUUGGUCCAUGCAGAAUGAUCUCCUCCCCCUUCUUUCUCUUUAUUCUCUCUUUGUUGAAACUCGUUUUAACAGAUCAUUUUCUGUUUGUGUAUUAAAGUCUAUAUUUAGCAUGAUUUCCCUAUCACACAUCAAAUAUGUGUUUUAAGAAAGAACUAUAAAUGUGAAAAGUAUUCAGAAUAGCACUUUGCUUUGUACCAUCUUAAACCAAAUGUAUUUACCUUUUUUUUUUUUUAUUUGGAUAUUCAUUCAAGAAUUUUAUUUAUAUAAUUUCAAAUGAAUGAUGUACUCUGCUUGAUUUAGAUGACAUGUGAUUAGAGAUGUUACUUUGAACACCAUUAUUAUUAUCUCAUAUAAUGCAAUUCCAGCUUUCAUACCAUUGUUUUGUUGGAUAGCUUUUUACUGAAAAAUAAAAUUGUUAAUAAUUAUUGGCAAGAACUUUUCAUAAUUCUUUUUUUUUCUCUCUCAUGUAAAUUUGAUACAAAGCACAAUCUAAUUCAUGAGGAUGUUGAUUGAAACUUAUUUUCAUGCUGUUAUAAGUAUAAAAUAGUCUCUGUUUCUUGUGAAUUAAGUUUGGCAGUGUAUGCUGUAAUGAAAAUUAGCACUCAUUUGAGGACACAUACUUUCAAAAUAGAAAACCAAUCAGUAUUUUCCAGUAGGUGGAAUGUUUUUAUGUAACGUAUGUGUGUAGAAUAUAUUUCUGGGGAAUAUCUAUGUUUAAGGAAAUACAGCAAUUCAUGCACAAGGCAUGAUGUAUGUAGAAGUUCAGAAAUCAAGGGCAAGAAAAUAUUUUAAGUGUAACAAUUAGUCCAGUUGGUUGACUUACUAGUAUAUUCUUUGUGAGAUGCACUUGUGUAUUUAUCCUGCUUUAAAGGCCCAAAAGAUUUUUAGUUGCCAAACAGAGGAGGAUCAACUCAUCACCUGAAUUUAUGUUCAUCAUAUCUCUUCUUUACUAUAUAGUUAGAACCACUUCCUGUUUUGUUCGCCAAACAUAAAGAACACUUUUUGUAUACUAUCAAUUUUAGUUAUUUUAGAAUGUCUGUUUUCUUACACGUGAAGUGAUAUGUGUAGAAAUGUGAAAAGUCUUAGGUUAAAUUCAGUCAUAUCAUAUAACAAAACUUUUUCUGUUUUUCAUUCAUCAGUCUUUGUUUUAUUUGAUGUAGCCAGACAGCAUAACAAGUCAACAGUAGUGUGCAAGUAGUUUUGCAACAUUUUAUUUCUGUGGUGCAUUACAUAAUCUUUCGCUGUACAUAAUGCAUAUAAAUACUACAACUCUCUUCUCUUAUAAUGCCGUGGAUGUAAAAUGCAUCUGACUUUGUUCAUAUUCAUGUUCAUAUGUCAAUAUGAUCUGUCACGAAAUGAUCUGGUAAAGGUUUGAUAUCCCAUAAUAAAUUCCGGAUUGCUGGAAUUUGUUAUGGUUACAUUUUUAAAAUUGGAAGAAUAUGUUAGUUAAUUCAUCCAUAAAGUUAAUCUAGUUGAAUCAAUGAAUUUCAAUUUAACAAUCAAGCAAAAUUUGUGAAACUUCAAAAUAUAUUUUCAUUACAUAGUUACAGCAUUGUAAAGUUUUGUUCAUUUAAAUGUGAGUUUAUUGCUAAUUAUCUGCUCUGAACAUCUUAUCGGGGGGCCCCCUUUUGUUUUUUUGUUUUUUAUGUAUUUAAUUGGUCGCCUAAAAAUUGCUAUUCUGGACAAAGUUUUUAUACACAUAUAAACCUUUGAAAAGAAAAGAAAAAUUAAUCUGUAUGAUAAUUAUACAAUGCACUAAAGGGAUUAGAGGUUGGAUAUAACUAGGUAUUGUGUGUAUAUUGCCUGUUAUAUGCAUGUCAGCGUAUUGAGAAGUGAUAAACUCCAAAAUGAUUCAAUAUUAAUGUUUUUUUUAUUGUAUUGAAAUUUCACUCUUUUCACUUUUUCGAAUACAUUUACUCUAUUAAUUCAAUAGCCAUUCAUUUGGGAUGGAGUUUGUAGUUGGCACUCUGCAUGUACCAAAUCGUAUGUCUUAUAUGUUAAUAAAUUUUUUGUCAUAUAUCUUAUGCUAAUUUGUGUUUCUUUAAUAUCAGCUGCUUUUCCAUAGCUCUUUAUUCUUGUAUACCAGUUGAAUGAUGGAACUGAAUAAUUUGCAUGAUAAUUGAUUGAAGAGGUACUUCGGUCUUAAAAUAUUUAUAUCUAAAUAAAUAGAGUAAAAUUCACUGAGCAAAAUGCUGAAAAUUUCAUCAAAAUCGGACAAGAAAUAACAAAGUCAUUGAAUUUUAAAGAUUAUAAAUAUUUUGUGAAAACAGUUAUAUGCACAUCAUCAUGAAUAUUCAUUAAGUGGGUUGAUGAUGUCAUAUCCCCGCUUUCCUUUUUCUUUAAUAUGUUAUUACAUGAAAUCAUAAUUGAUUCACUUUUUCAUACAUGUGUAAAUGAUGUGUCUCCAUUAUGAUUAAAUAAGUUGCGGCAAUAAAUAUCUAAUGCACUAAAUCAGUUGUCAAUCCAAUUUUUUCAGUUCUUGGUUGAAAAAAAUUGAAUAAACCUAAUUUCAUAUACAUAAAAUACAAAAGAACAAGUGAGAAUAUGGCAUCAGUUUGCUCAUUGAAUAUUCAUGAAGACAUGCCAAGAACUGUUUCACCGGAAUAAUGCAAAUCUUUAAAAUGCCAUAACUUAGUUAUUCCUUGUCCGAUUUUGAUCAAAUUUUCAGUGUUUUGUUUGUCUGAUUAUUCUUUAUCUGUUUAAAUCAGAUUAUUUUCAGCCUGGAGCAUCCCAUCAUUAGAAUGUUGUGGGGUAACUUGGGUUAGUCACUGCGGUAAUCAGUAAAUCAACACAUUCAUGGUAUUUGCAUGUAUGCAAUUUGAUUCACUCAUGUAUUACACUUCCAUGUUAAAAUUUAUUUAAUCAUUAUUUUAUGUCGGGUAUAAAGGAAUGAAUCAAUUUUUAAACACUUAUAUUAUGCUUUCUUCAGUCAUGUUUCCGGCCCGAGAAAAUUUUGCAUUUCAAAGCUUCACCCACUCUUUAUAAUAUUGCCAUGAAGAAUGUGAACCAUGUUCAUGCAGUAAUUCCAGGCCAGUAACAUAAUGCUUAGCAAUUGAUCAUACCAUUUAUUUUUACUACUGAUUGCAAAGCAUUACUAAUGAUUAUAAAAGUCAGUCCACUGAUCGGUCAUUGAGCUCUGUGUUACAGAUUACUGAACUUGCUCUGCCAAUCCAGAGCCAAACAGCAGACUGAGGUGAAAGUCGUAAAUGUCUAAUACCAGUUGUCCAAAAAAAACCACAAGGUCCAAUAUCACAGACCUUUUUUAUCUACCAUCGAUUUGGUUUACAAUAUAAUUUGGUCCUAUAUACCAAGUGGGAUCAACGAUUUCCCGGUAUCAUCAGCCUGAUUAAGAGAACUGGGGAGCGUUUCAUCACCAUUUUUGUCCGACAAUCCUCGAUUUUGAUUGGCUGAGGAGCAAUGUUACUAUGGAAACUGUCGGAUAAAAUGGGACUUGUGGGAUAAAACGUCCGACAAGCCUUUUCAUGAAACGCUCCCCAGAGCUUAUAGGUAUGAUUUGCAGCUAUCCAUUUUAAAAUAAUAUCUUUAGAAUUCAAACUUGAAAAUAGGCCAUCAGUGAAAGCAAUUUUUAUAUUAAACUUUCAUGUUGUUUCAUGUGUAGUUGAUAAAUCAAAACAAAAAGUAGAAUAUGAAAAAAGGGGGUAUCAGGUCAGUAUUUCUGAGAAAUUCAUUGUUUUCUUUUAUCCAUUUUCAUACAUUUAGCCUUACGUGAAUGUAAUAAGAUGGCAAGUCUGCUUAUGAAAAGAGAAUGUGAACACAGACUUCUUUAUGCUUUGUCAUAAGUAGGAAAAUGAAUUAAAACUUAAAAAGAAAACAAUUAGCAAAUAUAUGCAUUGUAUGAAUGAGAUGCUUAUAAUUAAAGAAAACCUUAUAUUUCAACUUAUAAACAAGGUACCGUUCUUGGAAAAUAUUUUGUGGGAUGAAUUCAUUCUAUAAGCAUCAACUAAGAUACAAAAUGAAAUUGAUGUGAAAUUGUGAAUAGAAGUUACAGGAUACUGAAAGUGAAUUAUUGCCAGUAAUCUUGUACAGAAGAUAUGAAAUGAAUCUAUUGCCAAUUACAUCAACCCAUUCAUGGAACAUGUGUGAAGAAAAGAGGAUUCCAUGAUAUGCAGUUGAUCGUAUUGAUAAAUCUGAUCAUGACUUCAAAUAUUACAUGAAACUUUUAUGGGAAUGAUCUUAUGGUCCGUUCGGUCUAAAUCGUAGAUGGUCUUGACCACUAUUGCUACACCUUCCUCAAGUACUAUCAGCGUCUGUGUGUCAUUUGGGCCAAUCGUCACUUCAUAACACAGACUCGUUGAUCAGUUGCCACUUUACCAAAUGCUCCCAUUUUCAUUUUCACCCAUUUCAUCUGCUCAUUCAUCCAAUCAAUCAAUAUAUAGAGAGUUUAGAUUAAGUGGUGUUGGAACAAGUAUUCAACAUGAUACAUGUGGCCAAACUGGAAAUGAGAUUUAAUAGGAACAUGCAUUUUGGACAAUAGUCUCCUGUCUGGGCAGGAGACCAAAAGGGCAUUAGACCAACUGGCUAUUCACAUUUGCAUUAUUGCAAGUCUUGGUCAAAAAAGUUUCUUUUAACCACUUUCCACAUUGUAUUCUGUCCAUUACAUACAUGCUAGUGAUAAAAUGUCAAUGAUGAUAUCAAAAAUUCUGUCUGUUUUAACAUAAUUUUGGGAAGCAACAACAAACGUAUUGCAUGCAACACUGAAAUUUGUUGCCUCCCAAGUUUGAAACUGUAGUGUUGUAGGCAGAGAAAGUAAAGGUUGUAUGUAGAGUGUGGCACCUCCAUACACAUAAGUAGUCCAUUAGGGUAGAGCGAUAAUUGAAGAACACUAUUGACGAGUGUUGAUAUUUUGCCUACAUACAAACUCAUGCAGAGUUGGGGAUAAAUGUUAAGGGCACUUAAAAUGUAUGUUCAUAUGAGUGCUUUUUAUAUUUAACAAUUAAAAAAAAAAGAAAAAUGUGUAAAACAAAAAAUGAAAGAAAAAAGAGAGGCAAAUUUGCGUGGUGCCUGAUAUGUAUUGUACAAUGUAAAUAGAUAUAAGGUACUUUGCUUAAUAAUAUUAGUUGUAUAAACAUGUAAUGUAGCAAGCAUGUUUUUUUUUCUUUGAAUUUGUAAAAUAGAUAUUCAACGUUUGUGGGGAAAAUCUUCGAGAUAAGUUUGACUUUGAGACGUAAAGUGGCUGUAUUAUUGAUAAUGGCCAUGUGUUGUUUGUAUACAUGAGGAGGCAGGUGCUUUUUUUUCUCUGCUGAUAUGUAUUGUAGGUAUGUAAAAUAAAAAGGACUCGUCACCCAUA